AUGAAUGUAAAUGAUGGAGGAAGACGACGCUUUGAGGAUAAUGAGCAUACAUUACGUAUAUAUCCUGGGACAAUUUCAGAAGGUACAAUAUACUGUCCAAUUCCUGCCAGAAAAAACUCCACAGCUGCUGAAGUGAUUGACUCUCUUAUAAACAAACUUCAUCUUGACAAAACAAAAUGUUAUGUUCUAGCAGAGGUAAAGGAAUUUGGUGGAGAAGAAUGGAUACUCAAUCCAACAGACUGUCCAGUUCAGCGAAUGAUGUUGUGGCCCCGAAUGGCUCUGGAAAAUCGCUUGAGUGGAGAAGACUACCGCUUUCUUCUGAGAGAAAAAAACCUUGAUGGAUCAAUCCAUUAUGGUAGCCUUCAGUCAUGGCUACGGGUAACGGAAGAACGCCGCAGGAUGAUGGAACGGGGUUUUCUUCCACAGCCACAACAGAAAGACUUUGAUGAUUUAUGUAGCUUACCUGAUUUGAAUGAGAAAACUCUCUUAGAAAACCUACGAAAUCGCUUUAAGCAUGAAAAAAUUUAUACAUAUGUUGGCAGUAUUCUAAUAGUUAUUAACCCAUUCAAGUUUCUUCCUAUUUAUAACCCCAAAUAUGUCAAAAUGUAUGAUAACCACCAAUUGGGAAAACUUGAGCCCCACAUUUAUGCUGUGGCUGAUGUAGCUUAUCAUGCCAUGCUUCAGCGCAAAAAGAAUCAGUGCAUCGUGAUUUCAGGAGAGAGUGGUUCUGGGAAGACUCAAAGCACAAACUUUCUUAUUCACCACCUUACCGCUCUCAGUCAGAAAGGAUUUGCCAGUGGAGUGGAACAGAUUAUUCUUGGAGCUGGACCAGUACUUGAGGCUUUUGGAAAUGCAAAGACAGCUCAUAAUAACAAUUCAAGUCGUUUUGGCAAGUUUAUUCAAGUAAAUUACCAGGAAACAGGCACUGUACUCGGUGCCUAUGUUGAAAAAUAUCUACUGGAGAAGUCCAGACUCGUUUAUCAAGAGCAUAAUGAACGGAACUAUCAUGUAUUCUAUUACCUCCUGGCAGGAGCAAGUGAAGAAGAGAGAUUAGCAUUCCACCUUAAACAACCAGAGGAAUAUCAUUAUCUCAAUCAGAUAACAAAGAAACCUCUCAGACAGAGCUGGGAUGAUUAUUGCUAUGACUCUGAGCCGGAUUGCUUUAUGGUAGAGGGAGAAGAUUUGAGGCAUGACUUUGAACGCUUACAACUGGCCAUGGAAAUGGUAGGAUUUCUUCCCAAGACACGAAGACAGAUUUUUUCUCUUCUCUCAGCGAUACUACAUUUGGGUAAUAUCUGUUAUAAAAAGAAGACAUACCGGGAUGACUCCAUUGAUAUCUGUAAUCCUGAAGUUCUACCUGUUGUCUCAGAAUUAUUAGAAGUUAAAGAAGAGAUGCUAUUUGAAGCAUUAGUUACGAGAAAGACCGUGACCGUGGGAGAAAAGCUUAUUUUACCAUACAAGCUUGCAGAGGCUGUGACAGUGAGGAACUCUAUGGCUAAGUCUCUAUAUAGUGCCCUGUUUGACUGGAUAGUUUUUCGAAUUAACCAUGCACUUCUGAAUAGUAAAGAUUUGGAGCACAGUAGCAAGACUUUGUCCAUUGGUGUUCUUGAUAUUUUUGGGUUUGAAGAUUAUGAAAAUAACAGCUUUGAACAGUUCUGUAUCAAUUUUGCUAAUGAACGUUUGCAACACUACUUUAAUCAGCAUAUCUUUAAAUUGGAACAAGAGGAAUAUAGAACUGAAGGUAUUAGCUGGCACAACAUAGAUUAUAUUGAUAAUACCUGUUGCAUAAAUCUCAUUAGCAAAAAACCAACAGGACUGCUCCAUCUUUUGGAUGAAGAAAGCAACUUUCCACAGGCGACAAAUCAAACAUUGCUAGACAAGUUUAAACAUCAACAUGAAGAGAAUUCUUACAUUGAAUUCCCAGCUGUAUUGGAGCCUGCUUUCAUCAUAAAACAUUAUGCUGGAAAAGUAAAAUAUGGCGUAAAGGAUUUCCGGGAAAAAAAUACAGAUCAUAUGCGCCCAGACAUUGUAGCUCUUCUGAGAAGUAGCAAGAAUGCAUUUAUUUCUGGGAUGAUUGGAAUUGAUCCUGUAGCUGUUUUCCGAUGGGCAGUUCUUCGAGCUUUUUUCAGAGCCAUGGUGGCUUUUAGGGAAGCUGGGAAAAGACACAUUCAUAGAAAAACUGGACAUGAUGAUACUGCGCCAUGUGCAAUUUUGAAAAGUAUGGAUAGUUUUAGCUUUCUCCAACACCCAGUCCACCAGAGGAGCUUAGAGAUUCUGCAGAGAUGCAAGGAAGAGAAGUACAGCAUAACCCGGAAAAAUCCCAGAACACCUCUCUCUGAUCUCCAGGGCCUGAAUACUCUAAAUGAAAAAAACCAGCAUGAUUCAUUUGAUAUUGCCUGGAAUGUCAGAGGUGGGAUUCGCCAGAGAAGACUAUCAAAUAGCAGCUCCUUGAUUGAUAAAGAUGGAAUAUUUGCUAAUUCAGCUAGCAGCAAACUCCUGGAGAGAGCCCAUGGAAUACUCACGAGAAACAAAAACUUCAGAUCCAAACCUGCCCUUCCAAAGCACUUGCUAGAGGUAAAUUCUUUAAAGCACCUGACAAACCUGACCCUACAGGAUCGCAUUACCAAGUCUCUUCUUCAUUUGCACAAGAAGAAGAAACCUCCCAGCAUCAGUGCUCAGUUUCAGGCAUCAUUAAGCAAGCUGAUGGAGACACUUGGUCAAGCAGAACCAUAUUUUGUAAAAUGCAUUCGCUCUAAUGCCGAAAAGCUGCCCUUAAGGUUCAGUGAUGCCUUGGUACUUAGACAGCUUCGAUACACUGGGAUGCUGGAGACAGUUCGAAUUCGCCAAUCAGGAUACAGCUCCAAAUAUUCUUUCCAGGAUUUUGUGAGCCACUUCCACGUACUUCUUCCCCAAAAUAGUAUUCCUUCCAAAUUUAACAUUCAGGAUUUCUUCAGGAAAAUAAAUCUUAAUCCAGAUAAUUAUCAAGUUGGAAAAACCAUGGUCUUCCUAAAGGAGCAGGAACGACAGCACUUACAAGAUUUGCUUCACCGAGAGGUGCUCCGCAGAAUCAUAUUGUUACAGCGAUGGUUCAGAGUCUUGCUGUGUAGGCAGCAUUUUCUCCAUCUGAGACAGGCAUGCAUUAUUAUCCAGCGAUUCUGGAGGAAUCACAUAAGUCAGAAGCAAGUCAGAGAUGCAGCUGUGCAGAAGGAUGCUUUUGUUAUGGCUAGUGCAGCUGCUCUUCUCCAAGCUUCCUGGCGUGCUCACUUAGAGAGGCAGCGGUACUUGGAGCUACGGGCUGCAGCCAUCAUCAUCCAGCAGAGAUGGAGGGAGCACUAUAGGCGUAGGAACAUGGCUGCUAUCUGUAUACAGGCAAGAUGGAAAUGCUACAGGGAAAGUAAGAGGUACCAAAAACAGAGGAACAAAAUUAUUCUUUUGCAAUCAAUAUGUAGAGGAUUCAGAGCAAGACAAAGAUUUAAAGCUUUAAAAGAACGAAGGCUAAAAGAAGCAAAACUGGAACUUGGGUUGGUGAAUAUCAAGACAUACAGAACUCUGGAAAUUCAGAGUUCAGACCCUUCAGAAUGGGAGGAUUGUUCCUUUGACAACAGAGUGAAAGCCAUGGAGGAAUGUAAAUCUGCAAUAGAGGGUAAUCGAAUUAGCCUUGAAAGUUCAGUGGACUGCUCAAAGGAGUCCCCAAACAAGCGGCAGGAGAGAACGAGAAGCCAAAGUGGUGUGGAUUUGCAGGAAGAUGUGAUUGUAAGAGACAGGCCCAAGUCCUUAGAAGAUCUCCAUCAGAAAAAAGUAGGUCGGGCCAAAAGAGAAAGUCGGAGAAUGAGAGAACUAGAGCAGGCUAUAUUUAGCUUAGAAUUGCUGAAAGUUCGUUCUCUUGGUGGUGUGUCUCCUUCAGAGGAACGUAGGUGGUCUACAGAACUGGUGUCUGAAGGCCUUCAAUCUUUACAGGGUACACCUGACAGUGAAAGCUCUCAAGGAAGCUUGGAGCUUUUGAGCUGUGAAGAAAGCCAAAAGAGCAAACCAGAAUCCAUGAUUUUAGAUGAAAGAGACUUGAUUUCAUCACCUAGGAUAUCUAGUAGUCCAAAAGUGGAUUCACAGGACAAUGCCCUCAGUGCCUCAAGUGAGACUGGCUAUGCAUUGAUUGAAAAGAGAACACCCUCUGACUCAGAACAUUUGAAGAAUGGGAAUAUGAAAGAAAAGCUGGUCUGCAGUUCUGAAUCUACUACUUAUAAACCACAGCUGAGAGACUCCUUUAUUUCAAAUAGUCUGCCUACAUUUUUUUAUAUUCCCCAACAAGACCUACUGAAAACAAGUUGUCAACUGGAUACAAAUAUCCAAAGAAACAAACUUUUGGAAGGCGAGGACACACUGGGGACAGCUCUUAAUUUGGAUAUCAACAGGAAAGCUAGAAAGCAUCACUUCUCAGGAGAUCAGAUUGUUCCUUCUUUGAGUACAGAUUCUUCUAAUACUAAGCUUAAGAAGUUAGAAAAGCUAAACACUGAGAAGGAAGAAAGGCAAAAGCAGUUGCAGCAGCAGAAUGAAAAAGAGAUGAUGGAACAGAUUCGCCAACAAACAGAUAUUUUAGAGAAAGAACGUAAAGCCUUCAGGACAAUUGAAAAGCCAAGAAUUGGGGAGUCUUUCCUAGCACCAACUUUCUAUCAGUCAAAGGAAAGAGCAGAGAGACCAUCCUCUCUCCUCAUCUUAAAUACCCCAAAUAAGGGAGAACCCAGUGUACUGGGGUCCCCAUCAGUAACUAUCAAAGAUGCACUUCUUGCCCCAAAAGGCAGUCCGUCUGCUCACUUACCCCUGAAGGAUCAACCUGUCACCCUGUUCUUUGAAAGAAAAGGAAGCCCGUGCCAAUCUAGUACUGUCAAGGAAUUAUCUAAGACAGACAGAAUGGGCACCCAACUGAAUGUAGGCUGUAAACUCUCUAAUAAUCGCAUUUCAAAAAGAGAACACCUCAGGCCAACUCAGUCUUACAGCCACAAAUCUGAUGACCCUUCAAAAGAGGGAAAUACUAGGGCCAUUUUCUUCACACCAAAGGACAAUAUAAGUAUUCCUCUCGUCAACAAGGAAGCCUUAAACAGUGGAAAUCCUCAACUCCAUAAUCAAGAUGAACCAGCCUGGAAUCCUGUGAAGUUAAUUGGGCUGGGCCAAGGAACGACAUCACAGAGAUUUUCUUCAGUUGGUGAACAAUCAAAGCUUCAUAAAGCUAUGUCUCAAGGAGAGAUUACAAAGUUGGCUGUGAGACAGAAGGCUUCAGAUCCAGAUAUAAGACCUCAGAGAGCUAAGAUGAGAUUCUGGGCCAAAGGCAAACAAGGAGAGAAGAAGACUACUAGAGUGAAACCUGCCAUCCAAUCAGAAGUUUCAGCACUGUUUGCUGGCUCAGAUGUGAUUCCAGCUCAGCAAUUUCCAGAUGACUUCGCUGAGUAUCACCCAACACCUCCUUUGAGCCCAGAGCUGCCUGGUAGUUGCCGGAAGGAGUUCAAAGAGAACAAAGAACCUUCUCCAAAAGCAAAACACAAGCGAAGUGUAAAGAUCAGCAAUGUGGCUUCAGAUUCUGUGCAUUGGCAAAAUGACUCUGUCCAGAUCAUAGCCAGUGCCAGUGAUUUAAAAAGCAUGGAUGAAUUUCUUCUGAAAAAGAUGAAUGACCUAGAUAAUGAAGACAGCAAGAAGGAUACACUAGUGGAUGUUGUAUUUAAAAAAGCCCUGAAAGAAUUUCGCCAGAAUAUCUUCAGCUUUUAUUCAUCUGCGUUGGCGAUGGAUGAUGGGAAAAGCAUACGUUAUAAAGACCUCUACGCAUUAUUUGAACAGAUUCUAGAAAAGACCAUGAGGCUUGAGCAGCGCAAUUGGAGUGAAUCUCCAGUAAGAGUUUGGGUCAACACUUUUAAAGUAUUUUUAGAUGAGUAUAUGAACGAAUUCAAGACUUCAGAUUGCACAGUCACAAAGGUGCCAAAAACAGAAAGAAAGAAAAGAAGGAAAAAAGAAAAUGAUUUGGUGGAAGAGCACAAUGGUCACAUAUUUAAGGCCACCCAAUAUAGCAUUCCUACAUACUGUGAAUACUGUUCUUCUUUGAUAUGGAUAAUGGACCGGGCCUCUGUUUGCAAACUAUGCAAAUAUGCUUGCCAUAAGAAGUGCUGUCUGAAAACCACAGCCAAAUGCUCUAAAAAGUAUGAUCCAGAGCUGUCAUCUCGACAGUUUGGGGUUGAACUGUCCCGUUUGACCAGUGAAGACCGGACUGUUCCUUUAGUGGUGGAAAAGCUCAUAAACUAUAUUGAAAUGCAUGGACUGUAUACAGAAGGUAUUUACCGAAAGUCUGGUUCAACUAAUAAAAUCAAGGAGCUUCGACAAGGUCUAGAUGCAGAUGCUGAGAGUGUAAACUUAGAUGACUAUAACAUACACGUCAUUGCAAGUGUAUUCAAACAAUGGCUUCGUGAUUUACCCAACCCACUCAUGACCUUUGAACUCUAUGAGGAAUUUCUUCGAGCUAUGGGCCUUCAGGAGAGGAAAGAGACCAUCCGUGGUGUAUACUCUGUGAUUGACCAGCUCUCCCGAACUCAUCUUAAUACACUGGAACGUCUCAUCUUUCAUCUAGUCAGGAUUGCUCUGCAGGAAGACACUAAUCGAAUGUCUGCUAAUGCCUUGGCCAUUGUGUUUGCACCCUGCAUUCUCCGCUGCCCCGACACCACUGACCCACUACAAAGUGUACAGGACAUCAGUAAAACUACCACCUGUGUGGAGCUGAUUGUUGUGGAACAAAUAAAUAAAUAUAAAGCUCGUCUCAAAGACAUCAGUAGCCUGGAAUUUGCUGAGAAUAAGGCAAAGACCAGACUGUCACUGAUUCGUAGAUCAAUGGGGAAGGGGCGCAUUUGUCGAGGAAAUUAUCCAAGUCCAUCCUCUCCUGUUGUCGUUCGGUUGCCUUCCAUGUCUGAUGUCCCAGAAGAGACCUUAACUAGCGAAGCAGCCAUAGAAACUGACAUCACCGAACAGCAGAAAGCAGCUAUGCAGCAGGAGGAGAGAGUACUGACAGAGCAGAUUGAGAAUCUACAGAAAGAGAAGGAGGAGCUAACAUUUGAGAUGCUUAUACUGGAACCCCGUGCCUCUGAUGAUGAAACUCUUGAGUCUGAGGCCUCCAUUGGGACUGCUGAUAGUUCAGAAAAUUUGAAUGUGGAGUCUGAAAGUGCCAUCUCUGAGAAAUCAGAGAGAAGCUUAGCCCUUAGCUCCCUGAAGGCAGCUGGCAAAUCUGAACCUUCAAGCAAGUUGCGAAAGCAGCUAAAAAAGCAGCAAGACGCUUUGGAUUCAGUGGACUCUUCGGUCUCUUCUUUAUGUCUGUCUAACACAGCAUCGUCUCAUGGGACCAAAAAACGAUUUCAGAUUUAUUCCAAAUCUCCAUUCUAUCGAGCUGCCUCAGCUGGUGAGGUCCUGGGAAUGGAAGGACCAUUGGGCCAGAACAAAUCCCUGGAAGACAGACCUCUGUUCAUCAGCAGAGGAACCUUCAACCCUGAAAAGGGCAAACAAAAAUUAAAGAAUGUGAAAAACUCACCUCAGAAAACCAAAGAGACCCCAGAGGGGACAGUCAUGUCUGGCCGCAGGAAAACUGUGGACCCAGACUGCAGCUCCACCCAACAGCUACCGCUCUUUGGAAAUAAUGAGUUUAUGGUCUGAACCAGAAGAUGUGCGUCCCUUCAUGGCUACAGAGUGGUAAACACAUAUCAUCUUUGGGGCCUCUUCUCAUCACCUUGUCCACAGUAAUCCAUCCUAAUCGUGGUCCUGCUCUUGCCUAAGCAUACGUCUAAGACCUUGUAUGCCAAAUUCCUGGGCCUCCUGCAGAAGCGAAAGACCUCUUUGAAGCCUGCUGGGGAUGAUGCCAGCUGUGCCUUGGCUGCUGUGCUUGAAUUGAGAUUUCACUAAACAAAGCCACCUAGGGCCUGGGAAUUUCAGUCAGUUGUAGUUGCCUCUCCCCACCCUCUUUUCCCUUCCCAGAGGUGGGUAUGAACCAGGGGGAAAUAUUGUGGGCCUGAGAGACCCUCUGAUUUCUGACAUUUGAGGAAAACGUAUAAAUCUUUCUUAACUAUGAAAGCAAAAGCCUUUGGGUUUAUUUUGGGAUAGUUAGGAGCUGGGGUAGAAUACAAUUUUUUUCCAAGGAUUUAUAAACAAAAAGCCUAAGCCCUCUAUUUUAAGAUUUUUGAAAAUGACUCCAUGUUAUGUUCUGGGAAAAGUAAAAUGAUUGUUUUUACUAAGCCAUCAGAGCAUGUCUGAGACAUCUGGUUAUACAGUGAAGAGAGUACAUGUUUUGUUUCCUGAUGACGUUUGAUGUCAUAUAAUAAUCAAUGCUAGUUUAACUCCUGGUUAGAUCCUGUCAUAUAUAUCACAUAGGCUAAAGUUUCAGUAGCCAUACUAUUCUCAUGUCCCCUGGUCCUAGGAUCAGAUUCUUCUAAUUUUUUUUUUUUUUAAAUGUCUCAGAGACAUAGUGAUCCCUAAACAUGAGGGUUUCAUUCUAAUCCAUCCAGACUUUUCUCUUUGUAUAGAUUAAACUGAAGACUACAUAUGAGCCUAUUCAUCUGCUGGUGGAUUCCCACCAUGGAUUCAGACAAAUAACGUGACCAUUUAAUCACUUCUCCCAUAACAUUCACACACAACAUCACAUGAAUAAGUGUUACAGAAAGCUGCCAAAAAAUAAAAAACUUUUUAAUAUGACCCUUCUAACUUUAAUCUUCUUUUCCUCAGACCAUCAGU